AUGUCUUCCAACGCCGACGCCGCUUUCUGGUCCAAGACCGACAAGUACAUGAUGAACACGGGCGUCCCGUUCUCUCCCAUCGUCAUCACCAGAGCAGAGGGCACCCGUCUUUACGAUGCAAACAACAAACAGAUCCUCGACUUUACCUCUGGUCAGAUGAGUUCUCUGCUAGGGCACUCUCAUCCCGAGAUUGUCGAGGUUGUCAGAAAAUACGUCGGCCAGCUUGAUCACUUGCUCAGCAACAUGAUCACCCACCCCGUCGUCGACCUCGCUGAGCGACUGGCUCGAGUCCUCCCGUUCCCGCUGCAAAAGUCCUUCUUCCUCAACACUGGGUCAGAGACUACAGAAGCCGCCAUCAAGAUGGCCAAGUGCCACACCGGCAAGUUCGAGAUCAUCGCCUUCUCCGCUAGUUACCACGGCUUGACCCAGGGUUCUGGCUCCGCAACCUUCUCUGCGGGCCGACGAAAUGGCGGUCCUACUAUGCCCGGCCAGCUCGCCUUCCCCGCGCCUUAUGCCUUCCGCUCACCUUUCCGAAAGGCAGAUGGCUCCUACGACUGGGAGACUGAAAUUGAGUUUGGCUGGGCGAUGAUUGACCGACAGAGCGUUGGCUCGCUCGCUGCCUUCAUCAUGGAGCCUAUUCUCAGCACCGGAGGCAUCCUCGAUCUCCCCGUGGGAUACCUGAAGCGGAUGGCUGAGGAGUGCAAGAAGCGCGGAAUGCUUAUUAUCAUGGACGAGGCCCAGACUGGCGUCGGCCGCACCGGUCAGAUGUUCGCCUUUGAGCACGAAGGCAUCGUUCCUGAUAUCCUUUGCUUAUCCAAGACUCUUGGAUGCGGUCUUCCAUUGGCUUCGGUCUCAACCACCGCCGAGAUCGAGACUGGCUGCAGAGAGGCUGGUUUCUUGUGGCUCACCACCCAUCUCAACGACCCUUUGACGGCUGCUGUCGGAAACAAGGUCCUCGAGAUUGUCGAGCGCGACAACAUUUGCCAGCGCGCUGCCGAGCGAGGUGCCCAACUCCGAGCCGGUUUGUUGAAGCUCCAGGAGAAGUAUUGGUGCAUCGGUGACGUCCGUGGCCGCGGACUUCUCCAGGGAAUCGAGAUCAUCUCGGAUGCCAAGACGAAGGCGCCCGGAUCUGAUCUCGGACAGCUUGUCUCGGACAAGGCCAUGGACUUGGGUCUUUCGUGCAAUGUUGUCAAUCUUCCCGGAAUGGGUGGAGUGUUCCGGCUUGCUCCCUCUGUUACCGUCACUGCGGAGGAGAUUGAGGAGGGUUUGAAGAUUCUCGAUGAAGCUUUUAGCUUCGUCCUUUCCAAGUGA